AUGGCCGGCGAAGAACCCGAAAAGGAGGAUGGGGAGGAGGAUGCAAUAACAGUAACAGAGGCCUUAUUACCUUGCCUGGAUGGUGCGAAACUGGUUGAUGCACCUAUUCUUUUCUUUGUUCUUUCUCACAAGGCUUUUGUCAGGGAGCUUGAGCAGCUCCACCGCUCCGCCCUGGAGGUGGCUGACAUUGGGUCCCCUGAUCUACACGCUGCAGCGGAAGAUGAGAUUGUAUUUCCAGCUCUAAAUAGCAAAGUAAAGAACGUGGUGACUACAUCUGCAUUAGAACAUAAGUGCAUCAAUGAUGACUUCUGCUCCACAGUCCAGUGCUUGGAUCUUUUAAGAAAAGAGUGUGAAGAUUUUACCCAUCUGUUUCAAAAACUCAUCUUCUGCAUCAGCUCUAUAAAGUCCGCUAUCUGCGAGCAUAUGCUGAAGGAAGAAAAAUUGGUUUUUCCUUUGCUGAUAGGACAAUUCCCUUCUGAAGAACAGGCUAAGCUUGUUUGGCAGUAUAUCUGCAGUGUUCCUAUUGCUUUAUUGGAAGAUUUUCUGCCGUGGAUGGCUUGUUCUCUUCCUCCAGAUGAGCAACUAGACCUUCUGGAUUGCAUGAAGAUUGUUGUAUCCAAGGAGGAAGUGCUUGAAGAGGUGGUCAUCUCUUGGCUUAAUAAUAAGAAACCUUCUCCUCCUGAAGCCUGCAAUGUCUAUGGACAAGGAGCUCAAUUUUACAGUGGACACGUUAGCUCCAUGGAGAUACUCAAGAUACAUCCAAAUACAUUUGAUUUUGGUGAAGAAGAAAAAUCAAAGCUCUGUUCCUUUUACACAUCUAUAGGACCAAACCCACUUGAUGGCAUUUACAUUUGGAAUACUGCUCUUGCAAGAGAUUUCAGGAAAGUUCUGGAUGAGUUAUACCAAAUAAGAAGCUCGAACAACAUGUCAAACUUGUCUUCCAUAGUAGUUCAGCUACAAUUCCUUUUAGAUGUCCUUAUCUCCUACAGCAACGCAUUGAAUCAAAUAUUUUUUCCCCUGGUAAAUGACCUUUCCAAGAAUGUCCUACCAUUAUCUUGCACACGACUUGUGGAGAAAGGUCAAGUCGAAAGACUUCAAUUCUUGCUGUACGGAGUGCUUCAAGAUGGAGCACAACCAAGCAAUUUCCUGAAGGGCCUUUGCAGGGAAGUGGAGUUGCUUGUGAGAGGAAUUAGCCAAAACCUGACACAUAUAGAAACAGAGGUAUAUUCUUCUAUUGGCAAGAAGUGCAGCCAUAAUAUGCUGCUGUGGCUGUUAUAUGCAGGUCUCAAAACUAUGCCUCUUGGGUUGUUAAAAUGCGCUGUUCUUUGGUUUUCUGCUACUUUAUUGGAUGAGCAGUUCAAGACCAUGCUGGAUGCCAUGACAGAUGCAUGCCCUUUAGGCAACAAGCCAAUUUUAAUUCUGUUGCAUAGUUGGGUUCGCAUGGGUUAUUUAGGUAAAAUAUCCAUGGAAAGGUUUGCAAAAGAUCUGCAAGAAAAUUUUAUCAGAGGAAUCUAUUUCACAUCUGAUCGAAUUGGGGAGGAUGUUGGGUUUUCUAAUUUAAAGUUUGAUAUGCAAGCCUGCACUAUAUUUAACACCAUAGAAUCUGAGCCGAGCCCUGCUGUAAAAGAUAACAAGAUGGUCUGGAACCCCUCAUCUUCUCAUUCCAAAACCAAUGAGAAGCUUGAAUCUGGUGGAAUGACUCUUCAUAAAUUCUCCCCUCAAAUGUGGAGCAAUAUUCUUUCGUUGUGAGACAUCCUGCUGAGAAUGGCAUUGCCAAAAAAGUUUUGGCUCUAGAAUCAAGACCAAUGGAUCAUUUUGUGUGCUUUCACAAAGCUCUCAUAAGAGAUCUGGACUACAUUGUCUUUCUUUCAGCUAACAUGGCCAAAAGCUUUCAGUUUAUCCCUGAUUUACGUAGACAUUUUGAACUUCUAAAGUUUCUGUAUGACAUUCACAGUGCUUCAGAGGAUGAGGUUGUCUUUCCGGCUCUAGAAUCAAAGGGGAAACUCAAAAACAUUACCCAGUCUUACACCAUUGACCAUAAAUUGGAGGAGGAAAA